AUGGGAGAACAAAUUGAUGCUCAAAUUGAUGCAGUAGUGCACAUCGAAAACUCAGUCUACUUGCGCUCCAAGUCUAUUACAAAUGACCAGCUCAGUCUCAAGCAUUUCCUGGACUACGCCAUCUCGCUUCUUUGCUUUCCGAAAUUCGUUGACCAAGACUACGAGCUCCAGAUCAAGCAGAACAACACAGGCAUCUUCUACGGCAUUGUCACAUUUGCUGAUUCUCAAGUUGCGCAAAUGCUUAUCGAAGAUCAUCCAAUUUGCUUCAAGGAAGACCACAUUUUCAUCACUUCGGCAUAUCUUCAGCCUCGCCGAAACAUUUCCUCCUGGAAGCAGAACAACGCGAAGCGAACUUCCCCUCCUCGAGUUUCUUCUUACAAUUCCUCGCACAACCGUCAGUCGCGACUAAUGCCCAGCUCUUAUCCCGCUCCAAUUUCUCCACCAACGCCGACUCGUGCCCAACCAAAGCCGAUUUCUCCGCCAUCUUCCGCCGCAAGCUCCUGGCAAAUGCCCAAGCCUCGCUUCGCUGACAAUCUAAGCGAUCUUUCCCGCCGCUUGGACCAAAUCAAGCUCGACCAAUUUGCGCCAAAAAUCGAAGUCCACCGCAAACCAGAUCUUUUCGAUUCCGGCAACUCAUCACCGGAUGAUUUUUCUUUCAAUUCUUUCGCCCGCUCCAAGCCUCACCGACGAGAUGACCAGAUCUUUUCUUUCCGAUCGCAGAUGGAGCCCGAACUUUCAUACCCCUUCGGAUCGGCUCGCCUUCACUUUCCAAACCCGAAUCUUCUCUCCUUCUCCCGAUCUUCAUCCUUCAACGACGAGGACGAAUCUUUCGAUCGCCUAUUUGCUCCACCAGCGGAGAGCCUAACCCUUUUUAACUAA